CGACAUUUGAAUUUUUGGAGACUCCCGCAACUCUGCCCCCGAAACCUUGAUAUACCCCAUUCUUGCGCAUUCGACUACGAUUAACCUACUCACGGUCAUUCAUAUCAUUCAGUAUGGCAAAAACAAAAAAGAAGUCCGGCUCGGGUUUGGGCCCAGCCUUCGGUGGCGUCUCCAAGUCCACCAAACCCCCCAAGGCAUCCCACAGCAUCUUCAAGAUGAACACAGAUAUCGGCCAGCAUAUCCUCAAAAACCCCGGUAUCGCGCAAGCGAUUGUCGAUAAAUCAGACCUCAAACAAAGCGAUGUCGUCCUCGAAAUUGGUCCCGGCUCCGGAAACCUCUCCCUCCCCAUCCUCGCCCGCUGCGCCCGCCUCACCGCCAUCGAACUUGACCCCCGCAUGGCCGCCGAACUCACCAAGCGCGUCCAAGGUACCCCCUACGCCGCCAAACUCACCCUCCUCCUCGGCGACGUCAUCAAACGCCCCGCCCUCCCCUACUCCGACGUCAUCAUUUCCAACACCCCUUACCAGAUCUCUUCGCCGCUGGUCUUUAAGAUCCUCGGCAUGGACGCGCCGCCGCGGUGCGCGGUGCUCAUGUUCCAGAGGGAGUUCGCGCAGCGCUUGUUUGCGAACCCGGGGGAUAAGCUGUACAGUCGGCUGAGUGCAAACGUGCAGAUGUGGGCGCAUGUGCAGAAUGUGAUGAAAGUAGGGAAAAAUAACUUCAGCCCGCCGCCGAUGGUGGAAAGCAGCGUGGUGCGAAUCGUGCCGAAGCGGCCGCGGCCGCAGAUUAGCUACGAAGAGUGGGAUGGGAUGUUGAGGGUGUGCUUCUCGCGGAAGAACAAGACGCUGCGGGCGGCAUUCGCGGUGGAAGGCGUGGUUGCGGGUCUAGUGGAGAAUUGGAGGACGUGGUGCGCGGUGAAUGGGAUGCCGGUGGAAGACGAUGAGGGAGAUGUGGCGAUGGGGGCGGAUGCUGGGUUCGCACCUGGGAUAAGCGAAGGGGGUGUUAGCACGGCGCAGGAAGAUGAAUGGCAUGGAUUUGCGGAGGAGGCGAAUGGGGACGAUAUGGAUGUCGAUGGCGUCGAUAAGGAGGUGGAUGAUGAGUUGCCCGCGUUCAUGGCCCGGCAAUUGACGGGGAAGUCCGCGACGAGGGAUCGGAAAAAGCAGAAAAAGACGAAGUUGUGGGCGAAGGUGAAGGAGAAGAUAAGGAAGGUUUUGGAGGACGAUACGGAGUUGGCAGAGAAGCGAGCGAGGACUUGCGAUCAGGGGGAGUUUCUUAAGCUUCUGUAUGCCUUCAAUCAGGAGGGCAUACAUUUCAAUUAAGCUCCUCCCAGAGCCCUGGUCGAAGAUACCCUUUUCAUGAAAGUUGACAAUACAGCUGCCUUCGAUUCGUGGGUAUACCUGUCUGAAUGCACUCUCUACUAUGAUGUAUCAUUAUGUCCAAAUUCCGACACUAUCCUGUCCAUGCCGGUCGUUUCUCAUAAAUCCUGCCCCCUAUCUCUCCGCCAUGGAGAAUGUUAAGAAAGCAUGAACCAACCUGCCAGCGACCAGAGUACCAUUAUCAAUACCAUC